AUGCAAAAACGUGAAGAAACAGUUAAUAAUUCUUAUGCUAAUGUUGAUACAUGGAAGAUUAUGUUUGAUUUAUAUAUGUAUAUGAAGAAUAGAGAUUGGGUUGAGGUUGUUGAAGAAGAACGAGAACGUGAAAUACUUCAACGUAAAAAUUAUAUUUCUCUCCAAAAUAUAAAACAGAAAGAUUACAAUUCUGAAAAGAAUUAUAAAGUUCCAAAACAUUCAUAUCAAACACCAAAUAAAUCUUGUAACAAUAAAAAACGUGAUGUAUCAGGUAGAACUUUAAGAAAACAACGUAAUAAUGUAAAAUCUAAACCAUUAAAUGAAUGUAAAAUAUAUACAAAUCAAAGACCAGAAUUUUCAUCGAAAUCUGCUGAGAAAGCAAAUAAUAAAAAUAAUUAA